AUGGAUCCAGACUUGCAGGAGGCUUUCAGUGAUGUUCAGAGCUCUGUCUACAGAACAGCCCUAAAACUACGCUCAGUACAAAGUCUGUGCCAGUUGGAUUUGAUUGAUGUUUCUCUGAUUCAGCACAUCCUAUCAAGUGCUAUCAAGCAGGUCUCUCUGAAAGUGCAGCAGAUCUCUGGAAUGCUGAUGAUACUAUUCCAAAGGACAAGAUUAGAAAAACCAGGCCAGAUCGAUCCAAGAGCUGCCAAAUUCACACUGAGCCUGCUAGCUGCAAUGUAUGACAGAUCUGGAACAGGUUAUAUCAAAACUAAAUCUGCUGCAGCUGCCCUAAUUGCCCUUUCAGGAGACGCCCUACUGGCUAAAUACAGAGCUUUCUUCCAGUUUUAUGCUGUCCCUGAUGGGAAUGUGGCCUUGAUUACCCGUAGUGCCCUGAGAAGCCUACUAACAGACUUAAAUCAGAUCCCAGCCGUUGUGGGAGAAAGCUGCACUCUGUCUUGUGUGGAAAUUGCUAUUCACAGCUGUUUCCAUGGGGUUCUGAAUUCAGCAAUUAUAGAAGAAAAAUUCCUGUCUUGGCUGAUAUCAGAGCCAGCUGUUCUCCUGUGGCUCCCUACAAUCUACAGGUUAUCAGUUGCAAAAAUGGUUUCUCACCAAGCUAGAUGUAGAAUCUGCAAAAUUUUCCCCAUUACAGGCCUCAGGUAUCGCUGUAUGAAGUGCCUCAAUUUUGACCUUUGCCAAGAGUGCUUUUUCACUGGCCGUCUCAGGAAGCCACAUAAGAGGUCACAUCCUGUUGUGGAACACUGUGUGCAGAUGUCAGCAAAGGCGAAUGCAAAGCACUUUCUCCACACCAUCAGGAACAACCUGUUUCAAAAACACUGCAGGAAAAAGGAGGCUCAGAGAAGGAGGGCUUUGGAAAUAAUGGAGGAGAGGAACUUCCCUACUCACAAAAAGACUGUUACCCCAGAACUCAGUGCUUCACCACUACCUGGCCCUGAAAACCUGUCUUUCCCUGUGGACAUACCAGACCAGGAAUCACCCAAAUUCAUAUCCGAAAACAGAACUGUAAUGCCGAAGAGUGAGAAUAACAACAAGAGACCACAGCAAGGCAAGACAAAAGCUCAGGAAAUAGCCUCUUUUGAAGAAGCUGUGAUAAAUAUGCAUGAAUCCAUGAAAAGCAUUCACAGUGAGAGCAGGUAUAUGAAGAAGCAGUUCAACACAUGGAAGGACAAAAUGCAAUUUCUUUACAACUGCCAGGAAGAUAAAAGCUGCAAAAUAGAGGCAAAGCUCCAAAGCCUGAGAGCAAGCCAUGAAAACCUACAAAUGAAGCUGCAACAAAUGAAGGAAGAAAUAAAGACAAUGUUACAGUCAUCAGAAUGUCAGAAUAUGAUGCCAAGAAAUCCUUAUGUCAUGCUGGAAAGGAGAAUGCAAGGUGUAUUAAAUCCUGCCCAGAUAAGGCCUGCUUCCAGAACAUGUGCAGACUGGAGAUCUUUGAAUCACCCCAACUCUGCCAAUAGAACGGAGCUUUUACAGACUCUUGAGAUUCCCACUGCAGAGGACUUCGUGUUUUCAGAAGGCACACAGAUGUCAGUGGCUUUGCAAAGUGACGCACCUUUUAUGAGACAGUAUAAAAUAGCAAAAGGGACUCAAACAUAUUUAUCUGAACUGACAGAAAGCUCCCUCAGCGGCACCAUGAGGAAUACAGUUCUUACUCCCACUGCAGUGCAGAUGCCACCUGAGGAGACAGAUGUCAGUGAGGAACUGGAACUGGAACUGCAGCAGCUAGUGAUAAAACUGAAGGAUGCAUUGUCGCUCCAAGCCCAACCAGCUCAACAGUCUGCUUUGCAACAGGAGUUCUUCUCUACAGCUGAACAUGUAUGCAGAUCCUUUUCUGAUCUCAUCAACCAAGUAACUUCACCAGCUUGUAAAUGA